AUGCCAGGGGGCCCGGUAAUCUAUCGGACCCCAAAGUGUUUGGUGUGUGGAGCAGCGGCCAAUCAGGCGGCUCCAAUUCCAAAUUUGGAAUUGGACAAUUUUUUGAGAAAUAUUAAAAGUUUCCGGUGGAAUGGUUUGGAUCAAACGAUUUCAACAACAAAACGACGAUGGGAAGAUGAAGGAUUCUCGAUUCACGAGUGUAAAAUCGCAGUGAUCGGAGCAAAGGGAGUGGGAAAAACCUGUUUCGCUCGUGUCCAAUAUAGUAAUGAGAUAAUGUUUCCCGAUAUGCUUAAUGAAAUGGAUGAUUCGGAUAGUUAUGUGAUUGAUAUUGUUGAUAAUAUGGAGAUGAAGAAGAGUUUUUCGGCUGCGCAUGGGAUUAUUAUUAUGUAUUCAAUUGCUGAUCGACAAAGUUUUUAUGAAGCUGCUGAGGUUUAUAAACAAUUGGAGCAAGGCAGAGAGCAUAAUGUGAGUUAAAAAAAAAAAAAAAAGUUCGCCACGGAGCGGGGCCUCGAACCCAAGAGCUAAAAUUGAAAGGCGAGCGCGCGAACCACUCGGCCAAAUGUUUGACACAUUUUCAAUGGUGAAAAACCCAAUUAAAAUUUUUUUUUUUUAAUUUUCGAUUCAGAAAAUGUCAAAAACAGGAAAAAAAUAAAGUUUUUUGACAUUUGUUGAAUCGAAAUUAAAAAAAAAAAAAAAUUUUUUUUUUAAAUUUUUAAUUCAGAAAAUAGGAAAAAAAUGUAGUUUUUUGACAUUUGCUCAAUCGAAAUUUUUCCAAAAAAAUUUAAAAAAAUGUUUUUUUUUAAAUUUUCAAUUCAAAAAAUAGCAAAAAAUAUAGUUUUUUGACAUUUGCUGGAUCGAAAUUUAAAAAAAAAUUAAAAAAAGUCGAAAAUUUAAAAAAAAAAUUUUCGAUUCAGAAAAUGUCAAAAAAUAGGAAAAAAUAUAGUUUUUUUAACAUUUGCUGGAUUGAAAUUUUUUCAAAAAAAAAAAUUUUUUUUAUCGACCUGAGUCAAUAAUUGUAUUAUCGAAAAUCUCAUCGGUACCACGCGCUCCACCGAAAUAAACACGCAACGCAGACCGCGUCGCGCCACAACACAAGGGAACGAUUCGAAUUCCCCACUUUUGUGUGUGUGUUGUGGCGCGGCGCGGUCUGCCGUUGCGUGUUUAAUUUCGGUGGAGCGUUUAAUUCACAGCUCAAAAAUCAAUCGAUAAAUAUUUUUCAGCAACCAAUCGUUCUCGUUGGCUCAAAAAAGGAUAAAAACCGUCGUCGUCAAGUGACACCAUUCGAAGGCCAACAACUUGCACGAACUCUCGGCUGCCCAUUUUUCGAAGUCUCCUCAAAAAAACAACGAUUGUGUACACGAGACAUUUGCCGAACUCGUUUCACUCAUUCAACGACAACAAUCUUCAUUCAAAUUAGCUGUGCAAGAAUCGUUACAUUAAUUAAUUUUAAUUAA